AUGACUGCAAACUACAAGUCAUUCAAACCAAAAGUCAAAGACUACAAAGACAAGAAAUACUUCAAUGGCGAAUGCUUUAUUUGUGAAAAGGUUGGUCAUAGAGCAAGAGACUGCCGAAACAAAGACAAGAAAACACAGCGGAACUCCAAAGUGGCCACGGUUCAAGACACUGGACAGCAUGAAGAGGCGUUUGUACUCAGGGCGAGUGAAUGGAGACCUCACUGUGUGUCCAACCGGAGGGUCUUCUCGUGGACAGCGGUGCUUCUGCCCACAUCAUGA